ACCUACAGCUGUGAUUACGUGGGCGUGGCGCGGGAUACCAUAGGGGGCGUUUCCCUCUCGCUGCUUAGCUCCGUAGUUGCUGGCGUUUGAAACAGUCGCUAAUAGGCCUUCGCUCCAGGAAGAGGCGGUACUCCUUCUGCUGACGUUGUUUGUGUCAGCUGAGCAUGCGCAGUGCGAAGCAGAGGGUUGGUUGUUAUCAGUCGGAGCAUGCGCAGUGUGUAGGAGGAUAGGGGAGACUGGACGCGCUGAAGCUAGUUUGAGCAGUGAGCACUGUACGGGGCCAUUGUGUUCCCGGUGCGUCGGUGGUGGCUGAGACUGUCCGUGUGGCAGCAGCCGGGCCUCGGUGUCGGGUCACGUCUGAAAAUAAGCCAUAGGCCGCAGCCCUGGGAUCGCGUAGUCCCCAGUGUCCGGCCUCUCCCCGGGGCUCUGAGUAGAUUUACAAGGAUGUGUAAAUGAAGCCGUAGAGGAGUCCUCGCAACCCAUCUGCGCACUGUAGGAAGAUUCGUUGGACUACUAGAAUUGGUAUCACUUGGCUAGGGGGUACUCGGAGAGACCUGACAUGCUGGUGGCCUCCUGAGGGAGGAUGGGCACUCAAGGCAGCCCUGUGAAGAGCUACGACUACCUCCUGAAAUUCCUGCUGGUGGGAGACAGUGAUGUUGGAAAGGGGGAAAUCCUGGAGAGUUUGCAGGACGGUGCAUCAGAGUCUCCUUAUUCCUACAGUAACGGUAUUGACUAUAAAACCACUACCAUCCUGCUGGACGGCCGGCGCGUCAAGCUCGAGCUGUGGGACACAUCCGGCCAAGGCAGGUUCUGCACCAUCUUCCGCUCUUACUCCAGAGGAGCACAGGGAAUCCUCUUAGUUUACGACAUCACCAACCGUUGGUCCUUUGAUGGAAUUGACCGCUGGAUCAAAGAGAUAGAUGAGCAUGCCCCAGGGGUACCGCGUAUACUGGUGGGGAAUAGACUACAUCUGGCUUUCAAGAGGCAAGUGCCCACAGAGCAGGCCCGAGCGUACGCAGAGAAGAACGGAAUGACUUUUUUCGAGGUCAGCCCACUCUGUAACUUUAAUGUUACGGAGUCCUUCACAGAACUGUCUCGCAUCGUCCUCAUGAGGCACGGGAUGGAAAAGAUCUGGAGGCCAAAUAGGGUAUUCAGCUUGCAAGAUCUAUGCUGCCGAGCUAUUGUGUCCUGCACGCCUGUGCAUCUCAUCGACAAGCUACCCCUGCCAGUGGCCAUCAAAAGCCACCUCAAAUCCUUCUCCAUGGCCAAUGGGAUGAACGCUGUGAUGAUGCAUGGACGUUCCUACUCUGUGGCUGGUGGGAGUGGCGGAGCAACGGGAGGGGGUGGGGGAAGCAAAGGAAACAGCCUAAAACGUUCAAAAUCCAUUCGCCCACCUCAGAGUCCCCCUCAGAACUGCUCAAAAAGCAACUGUAAGAUCUCCUAGCACGGGGUGAGGAAGCCGUGGAGCUGCUAGUGGCAUUAACAACAGUCAAUUGACAGCCAAGUGAGGUGUCCUGUUGGAUAAGCUGCUGUGAGAGUCAUACAAAAUGGCAUCUGCAUGGACCUAGUUGCCUUUUUUUUUUUUUUUUACUUCUUGACUGGAGUAGAUGACCAUGGAUGAGGGCAUCCAUCAGCGCCUCACUCAAUGUCUGACUUUGUCUACGCCUAACCAAUCCUAAUUUUUCCAAGGAUUCAACAUUGCAUAACGGACUUUACUCACUACUACUUCCCCCAAGGGCAGACGUGUGCUAAAGGAACUCCCUUACCUCCUCCUUUAUUUAUAAAGAAGUAUAUAUUAAUGGACGCUUCACUUUUUGUUUUUUUUGUUUUGUUUUUUAAGUCGAUAAAAUAUCCGACAAUGCAACACUUAUGUAUUUGGCUGUAAAUAAUUAUUGUUCUUGCAUACCCUUAUAGCAGGGUCCAAACAGCAUUUUACUAAUGUUCUGGAAUAUACUGCAUUGCCUCAGUCAUAUUUAGGUUUAAUCGUAGACUCAAUGUUAACAGGUGUGUGUAAAAUAUAUAUGUAUAUUAAUAACGCACUCCCUAUAGUAAAGGAUAUGGAUGUUCGAAAUCACUGAGGAGUUCAUGUAAACCUUGUGUUGUGGGCAGAGUGUUGCAUAGGUAAAUGAAAUCCAAGAUGGCUUCUAUUACCCAUAUACUUUACAGUAGGGAGUGCAGUGUUCAAUAGGAAAUCUUGUGUAUUAUGAGGAACAAUGAAGUGAUAUUAGAACUCACUGUUUAUACACUGUAUUUACAGGUGUUUAUAGCAUCACUUUUGUGUUAUAUAGUAAUAACUCACACCAGUGAUCCGAGGCUCUAUGUUGAACCUACUCUUCCUCUUUGGGCACAAAAUGGCCUCCCAGCAGAGCUCAAAAUGGCAUCCUGACCACAUUGCUGGAGAAAGCAUGAUUUUGGGACCAUGUCAAAAAAAAAAAAAAAAAAUCUACCUCAGUAUUUUUGGAUCAUUUUUUUAUUUUUAUUUUGUCUUUUACAAAAAAUAAAAAUAUAAAUUUCUGAAGUGCGACUGCCAUUUUCAUUUAAUAUUUCACACACCCUGUUGAUUUUGUGACUACCUCUCCCCACUGUAAAGCACAUUGUUAGACACCAGACGGUGUGAAUCUUGGCAACUCAGCAAUAACUUUGAUACCGUUUGUAAUCUGAUCCUCUAGCACUGAACAUGGGAACACGGAUAGUUCUUCCUUUGAUAGGAAUAUUGGUGUGCACGUCGAAAAAUGGAGUUAUAAAUCAGGUUACAGGGUGAUAACAUGGAGGUGCUUAUCUGUUUCUCUACCUAGCUACGCCUCACAUUUAUUUAGUAAUUAGUACAUCAAUACUGCGGCCUGUCUAUGACGCAUGUUGCUGACAAAAGGACCAGUAUAGCAACAGUUGAGAAAUCAGGCUUUUACUUGGUGUUACCCUUCCACCGUCACCUUACCCACCUGUCAGCCAUAAUUAUCAAACUGAAACUAUGAAUUUGGUUAUUAGUUGUUUCUUGAUAAAAAUUGCUAUGUUGCUUGGAGUAACCGCCAAAACAUAUGUAUAAUUUGUAUAUGCCAAAAUCCAGUGAUUAAUGUUAUAGUCUCUAAUGAAUGGGUAUCCAUGCCCUGUUCUGUGACUCAGGACCUGAAUGAAAGUGCAGACUGUUCAUUUGUGAAUAGAUGAAGCAUACACCAUUAAAGUGUGCCUGUUACACAUGGCGGAAGCUGCCAUUUUGUAAGAGGGAUCCAUCCACUUGUAUGCAGGGAUGUUGCAGAUUACUAGCCAAGUGAUAGUACAGCCUGGGUUCUGAAUGUCUAGAUAAGUGAUCAUUGGGAAUCUAGCAGAUAUUGCAUCAAUCUUACAAAAUGGCCGUCUCCACUGGUUUACCCAUGUGACAUAAACUUUCAUCUAUAUUUAUAGACUUUUUCCUCAUCUCUAACAUUCUCGGGAUAUUUGUGUCUCUCUUAUGAAAAAGCUGCUAUAUAGAAUCGCAAAUCUACAUGUUAAGCGUUUUCAAUGACUGAUGUUUAUGUUUUAGAAUUAUUCAAGUGCUCCAAUCAUUGUUGACACUUUAUCGUUCAAUAUUAUAAAACUACCUAUGUGACUGUCCUCUUACUGUUGCAUUUUGCUUUAUUUUAUUUUUUUAACUGCCUCCCAAUUUUGUGGAAUUUUUUUGGACUGUUUAGGAGUUUAUUAAAGGUGUUCUGUUGGGGGAGGGGUGGUAGGAAUUUAUUGGUCAUUUUUGUUUCUUUACAUUUUUAAGUGUCUGGUCAUGUAUACUUACAACAGUAUUUGAAAACACUAAAAGAUACAUGCAUGAUCCUUCAGUAAAAUGAGCAGGUUACCCCUCUUGUCCCUUUCUUUUUGUCUUUACUUCCUGCACCACCUCUAUACUUAAAGGGGUAUCCAGACUCUAGGUUGACAUGAGUUUUUCACUUUUUUUUUUUCUUCAUUUUUUGAACUUUUUCAUAUUUUACGAUCCACGUGGACUACAGUUGGGAACGGCAACCCGUGCCGAGCGCAGCGGUAGCGAAGCAAGGCACCUUGCCCGAAGCAUGGCGAGCCAUGUGGGGGGACACGGUGCAGUAAUUGGGGUUCCCCAUCACUUUAUGAAGAAAACACCAAAAAAACACUCAUGUUGACCUUUUUCCGUGUCGACCUAAUGUGUGUUGACCUAGACACUGUUGACCCCGAGUCCUAUACCCACUCAAAGGGAUAGGGGGGAACACAUCAAGUGGGUUAUUGGUACCUGAAGGAUGCGGUUACUGCCUGAUUCUGACCUCAUGACAUACCUGUUUUUUUUUUUGUUUUUUUUUUGUGUUUUGGGGUUCAAUUCAAUUUGCUGACAGUUGAAUAGCGCCGGGAAUUAGCUCACGUCUCUAUUCAAUUCUGCUCAUGUUAAGUCGGCGAAUGCCCAUUCUCCCAGACUUAACAGGUUGAUUUGUCGGGAGAACGGGCAUUCUCCGACUUAACUGCCCGGUGCGAUGCAGAUUCCCGACAGAAUCAGCUUCGCGCCGGCCGCGCGCUACCACUGUUGUCGGAUAUCUGCUCUCACCCCCCCCAGGGGUGCGAGUGGAAUUCCCGACCAUUAAGUGUCAUAUGGCGCUGUAUUGAGUAGCGCCGGGAGCUAAUUCCCGGCGCUAUUCAACUGUCAGCAAAUUGAAUUGACACCUUUUUUUUUUUUUUUUAACCACCAUGUUGGAAAGUAUACAAUUUUUAUUUUAAUGAGUGUGUCCACUGUUAACAGGUUUAGGCAGCCUGUGCCUCUCUAGUGGUUGUGGAAGUACAAGUCCUAACAUGCCUGGCCAACCAGAGACUGGAGACUCCCUGAGGGCUACAUCUGAUCUAUAUGUAUUGGAGAUUUGGUGUAUAUAAGUUUCAUUGAGCAAACAGGCAGGAAAUGAGGUUGUGUCAGGAUGGUUUUCUCUGUUCUUUUAGAAAUCCAUGCUUCAAGCAUUCCUGUCUGAAUGGUUUGCUUUCGGCUGAACUCGCCAACUGUGAAAUCCUGAAAUAAUUAUUUUUUUUCUAAAUAAAUUAAAAUUCCUUUAGUAAAA